CCUCCCCGCGGCGCGGAGCCGCGAUGUCUCCGGCUGCGGCUGCGGCGGCGGCCGGGGCUGUGGCCGGCACCGGGAGUGGGACCGGAGGCGGCUCCGGGGCCGAACGGAGAGAGCGGAGGCGGCGGGCUGCGGCGGGCGGCGGCGGAGGAGGGCGGGGUGCCUGGGCGCGGGGCCGGCCGGGAGGCGCGGCGGCGCUGCUGGGCCUGGUGCUGCUGGGCCUCGUGCUGUACUUGGUGCCGGCGGCGGCGGCGCUGGCCUGGCUGGGCGUGGGGGCCGCCGCAGCCUGGUGGGGCCUGAGCGCCCGCGAGCCGGCCCCCCGGGGCCUGCGCUGCUGCCCGCCGCCCCCUGCCGCCUCCAAGCCGCGAGCCCGCCGUCCCCCGCCGCUGCUGCCCGCCAAGGCCGCGGUAAACGGGGCCCCGCUGCCGCUGCCGCCUCUGGGUCCCGAGCCCUCCGCACAGCCGCCGCUCAUGGGCGGUUACCUGGGCAAGCCCGGCCCGCCCGAGCCCCCGCGGCCCGCGCCCACUGGCCUCCACCGCCCGCCCUCCGCCUCCUCGCCGCAGCUGCUGAGCCCAGCCCGCAGGCUCCAGCUCAGGGACCACCUCACUCCUCCAAGUCGGUUCUCAUUAGUUCCACGGAGGAGAUAUCCAAUUCAGCAGACACAGUAUUCUGCAUUGGGGACCUUUCCCACAGUGUCUUGGGAAGGCCUUCAGAGAAAAAAUGUGCUCUCUGCUCGAAACUCCUACAUGGUAUCAAGCCCUGUGACCGUGAGGAUUGCUCGUCCAGAUAGCAGUCUGCCCCGUCCCCCCCUGGAGCAGGUCGUGAAUUCAGCUAUGCCUUCACCAUCCAGUGAUACCCCAGACCCAUGUUCAAAGGAGACUGUGAUGAAUGCACUUAAAGAGAGUCGGAAAAGGGCAGUGGAGGAAGACGAUCAGAUCUUCUCUGAUGCCCAGGAAAAUAAACGAAGGCGCCACGACAGCAGUGGGAGUGGACAGUCAGCAUUUGAACCCCUCGUGGCAAAUGGAGCCCCAGCAUCUCUUGUUCCCAAGCCUGGAUCUCUGAAGAGAAGCCUCACUUCCCAGGGUGCAGAGGAUAACUUGAAUAAGAGAUCCCGUACCUCGUCCACUAGCUCUUUGACUAGCACCUACCCAGGGGGCAUCCCAAGCUCCAUGCGUAAUGCCAUCACCAGCUCCUACAGUUCCAGCAGGGGUUUCUCCCAGCUCUGGAAGAGGAGUGGCCCCAGUACCUCACCUCUCUCUAGCCCCGCCUCAUCUCGAUCCCAGACCCCAGAGAGGCCUAUGAAGAAAGCACGAGAAGAAGAGUUUCAUCAGUCUAGCUGUUUGACUCCCGUGACUUCAGACAAGGAAUCCCAGGCAGACAAGGUGAUAGAUACCCCCACCAGAAAGAAGCAGAGCUCCUGGCAGUCCCCUCCUACCUCUGGCAGUGGUGGAAAGCGCAGGCGAAAGGUUCAGUUAUUGGCUUCUCGGCGAGGAGACCAGCUCACCCUGCCCCCACCUCCCCAGCUUGGUUAUUCAGUCACUGCUGAAGACCUAGACUUAGAAAAGAAGGCUGCAUUGAAGUGGUUUAACAAAGUCUUGGAGGAGAAGCCAGAUCCCACGCCACCACCCUCUGUCGCCGAGGCCUCCCCUGCCCCCAAGCCAGCCUCCUUCACCCUACCGUCCCCAAAGACCACUUCCUCACCUGCUACAGCUGCUCCUCCAACUUCCAGUACCAACCCCCUGCUGGAUAGUCUGAAGAAGAUGCAGAACUCCCCAAGCCCUGCAGCCCCCACAGACCUGGCUGGAGCAGCAGCUACUGGGGCCCCUUCCCCUCUGAAGACAGCCAGCCCACCAGCUGCCCCGGGGCCCUCAGAGCCAGGGCCCCCUGCCACCACCACCACCACUACCACCACCACCAACACCACCUCUUCUUCCUCCAAAGCCAUCCCAACCUUCUCCUUGACCUCUUCAGCCAGCCAGGCCUCCUCAGUGCCAGUGUCGGACAGCUCUAGCAAGCCCCCCGCCACAGCUUCCCCCAAGCCUAGCAUUCUCUUUGGAAUGCUGAGUAGCCCUUCCCCGGCCCCCACCCCUCCUGCCCCAGCAGCGACUCCUGCCCCAGCAGCAACUCCUGCUGCCCCUCCUGCCACUCCCAGCCCCAUGUUCAAACCCAUUUUUGGGGCCCCCCCUAAAAUGGAAAGUGGGGCUUCCUUGCCGGCUGCCCCUUCCACCACCACUUCUGUGUCUUGUAGUUCUGUCCUCUCCACUGCUCCCAGCACCUCCACAACAACCUUUAAGCCCAUCUUUGGUAACAUGGGCCCACCUACAUCUGUGUCCUUGGCCUCCACUUCCCCCUUCUUGAAACAACCCUCUUCUGUAGCCCCCACCACAACUGUCACCACAGCUGUCCAGGGGCCCCUCUUUAGUGGCCUCCCCACCAUCCAGCCCACUGCUGCACCUGCCACCACCGCCUCUGCCUCCGCCUCUGCCACCACCUCUGCCUCAUCCAGUGGGACCACUGACUCAGGCUCCAAACCUACCUUCAGCUUUGGGCUGAGCAGCUUGGCCAGUGCCACAACCAGUGCCCCCGCCACCACCCCCAGCACCAGCAGCACAUCAACUGCUGCCCCCUCGGGAUCCCAGCCUUUCCUCUUUGGAGCUGCUCCUGCCCCCAGCGCCAGCUUCACCCCGUCUACUGGCUCUGUAUUCCAGUUUAGUAAGCCCUCGGCUGCUGUUACCACUGCAGUAGCAGUCACAACCUUUGGUGCCACACAGACGGCCCCCAGCAGCACUGCUGGCUUUGGGUUUGGGGGCACCGUCAGCACAGCAGCCCUGCCGACCACCAGCCAAGUGACCUUGACAUUUGGCCCCUCCACUACCACCACAGCAUUCAGCACCCCUUUCAGCUCCAGCGUCAAGACGCUGCCACCCCCACCCUACCCCGGAGCCACAUCUCAGCCUGCUUUUGGGACUGCAGACGGGCAGCAGCAGCAGCAGCAGCAGCAGCAGCAGCAGCAGCAGCAGCAGGCAGCCAACAAAGUGGGCCCUGCCACGAGCUUCAGUAGCACGUUCAACUUUGGAGGUUCUACAGCCCCAAGCCCGGCCCUUGCCCAGCCAGCCUUUGGUGGGACAAAGCCACUCACCUCCUUUGGGGCCCCUGCCAGCACGCAGCCAGCCUUUGGUGGCACCAACACGGUCUUCUCUUUUGGCACAACCACCACCUCCAACUUCGGGGCCACCACGCAGACCACCAGCAGUGGUACUGGCAGUUCCAUGUUUGGUGGCAUGAACCUGGCCCCUUUCACAUUUGGGAGCUCCACAGCUGCAACCAGCAGUGGAGGCUUUGGGGUCAGUGCAGCUGUCCCUGGAACCAGUUCAUCCAGUGCAGCCUUCAGCUUUGGAGCAGGCCAGAGCGGAACAGCCAGUGCCACUGCCCCCUUUGGGGGUUCCUUGAACCAGAACCCCCUAGGUGCCCCAAGUCAAAGUGCACCCUUUGCCUUCAGCGUGGCCAACACCCCGGAGAACAAGCCUGUUUUUGGAGGCACUUCCACACCUACCUUUGGCCAGAAUGCUCCAACCCCCGGAGCAGGCACAGUGGGCAGUAGCCUUUCCUUUGGGGCCCCAAGCACCCCAGCCCAGGGCUUUGUGGGAGCAGGGCCAUCUUUUGGUAAGUACCUUUGGCUUCUGGGCUGCCAGCCACUAUUUGCCCUUCACUGGAGAAGGAUUUUUAAAGGGUUGGGAGAUUCCCAUCUUGGUCAUUUCCAGGGUUGGUCACUUUUCAUGUUUUUUUGAGUUUGGGAUACAAAUGGUUUGAUUCCUAUUGAGAGGGUCAACCCUGGAAACACCUCCUUAAGUCUCAGUGGGGCUCAGGCUGAGGAAGGCCAGGUGGUAGUCAUGCCUUGUGCUCUUCCUGAACCCCCAACUCUGCACUGAUGAGGGCCAGGGCCAAACUCAGGGUCAGGGCUUUUGCCAAAGAGGACCCACCCUGAUGAGUUUGUUGGAUCCAUCCUUAGGACCAUCGACCCCUUCGUUUUCCAUUGGUGCAGGAUCCAAGACCCCUGGGGCCAGGCAGCGACUACAGGCCCGGAGACAGCAUACUCGAAAGAAAUAGCCUGCGCGUACCACCCCUUGCCCCCUUUUCUUUCCUCUCUCCUUCCCCCCCCCCCCCACUGGCUCCUGCUGUGAAGAGCCUUAUCCCUGCCCCUGUUUUUGUACAGCGAGCCCCCCAACCUCACCCCCCACUUCUCCAGUAGUGGCUGCCAAGAAGGCAGCUGCCUGGGAAGUGGUAGGUAGGAUGGGAACAAACCCUUUUUACUUGAACAGUUCCACUGCUGAAACUGGAGAAACUUGUGUAUAUACCGUCAGCCUUGCCUUGCCUUUCCUUUCCUGACUCGUCUCCUUGUGUGUGUGCGUGCGUGUCAGCUUGGCCAAGGAACCCCUUUCCUGCCCCCUCUGCCAGCCCCGCGCAGCCCGAGCCUCCCAGCUCUCCUCCCGCUUUACUUGGCGUGGCUGCCAGGCCAGCUUUCUUGCUUAUUUCGCCUUGGGCUCUCGAUUCCUGCUCCUUGGACUUUGUCCCUUGGGAAAGCCUUCCUUCCUUUGGCAUUAAUCUGGCUUGGUGUUUGCCUUGGGGAAGACUCCAGGAGGUGGGAGAUGCUUCCCUUCCCCUAGAGAAGGAGGAAUGUCCUUGCCAGUCUUCCCUUGGCUGGGCUAGCCUUAAGGGCCUCGGUGAUUGCCACUGAGCUAGCCAAUCAAGGAGGAAGCUGCCUUCCCCCUGGAGCCUCUGUUGGCCAACAAAGGAGCAGGCCAGGUCCCACCCCGCUGCUCUUGGCUUUUCUCCCUCUCUUCCCCAGUUUUUGUUCUCUGGGUUUGUCUGUAUAAAGCUGUGUCCUAUCCAUGUUGCGCUGUCUGAUACUCAUUGAAUCGAGUUUGGAGGAAAAAUAUAUUUGUGUGAGUGGCGGCAUGUUGGUAAUGCCGGACUUGAUGUUAAAAGCUUUUGGGGUCCAGGAGUUUCCCACAGAUGCUGGACCCCCCCAAUUGGAUGUAGAAUGUGGCCAUGAGACGCUGCACGUGUGGAGUGACUCCUGAAUUUUCCAACAGUGUUUUGACUUGAAGGGAUGGCAGCCCAGGAAGGAAUGAGGCCCAAGGGACAGGGUGCUGUGAAUGUAAGCUGAGGCUUAAGGCCUCCCCUUGCUUUGGGCUCCCCUACACACACACACACAGACACACACACAUGCACACGCCCCCUAUUCCUUGCACACAUCUUUGGGAUAUCACGGUAGGGCAGGGUGUCCCUGAAUUAGUGGAUAAUCUGAUUUUACUGCUCGGUUGCAUGCCUUCCUAGGGUUUGGGGGGAAGGGAGGGUGAAGAGAGUCUUGGAUCAGAUGUUUGUCCAAGGACAUAAUCGAGGUAGCCAGCCUCCUUCCUGUUCCUUUUGGGCCAAGGAGGAAAGCCCUGUUCAGUAAGCAAGCUUAGGGACUUGCCCCAUCCUCUUGAUACCAAUUUAGCCCAAAGCCCCCUCUCCCUGGCCCAGGAGCCUUGCUGCUACGCCAUCACUUUUGGGAGAAGUGUGAAUGUGUGUGGGUGAUUUGCCUAAGUCUAAAUUUAAAAAAAGAAAUAUUUAAACUUUUUUUAACAAAAUAAAAUUUAUUUUUAUAUUUAAGCUAAAUUGCCUUUUGAAUUCCUUCAAGCUUGGUUCAUUGAGGCUGUUAAGAAAGUACAAAGCUGUUGUCCAGAAAUUAGCUGAGCAGUUAGAUCUGGGGGAGGAGGAAGCCUGACUGUCUGUGGGAGGAUGGGCUCGCUCAGACUCCCUUCUCCCCCAGGGAAUCGUUCUACAAAAUGUACUUACUUCUUUUCUAAUAAUGUGAUGUAUGUGAAUGUGGCUAGGGCAAGGUUUUCCCCCCUGUGAUAGCAGCUCUGGUGGUUGCCAUUUUUGAGGCAGGAGAAGGGGAAUGGAGCAUUGGGAGGUCUCUGAAGCUCCUUCUUGUGUCUCGGUCACUGCUUAGUCUCACAGAGCCUUUGGGAGAGAGCUUCAUUGGGCCAAAGUGGCCUUGGCCUGCCGUGGUGGGCACAAGAGCUUGUUACAAUCAGUGCCCAGAGAGCUGCCAAUGCCCGCCCCCACUUGAGGCCUCAGCCCUGUGCAGGUGCGUGCACAAGACCAGACAGGAAUGGGAGACAAAUUUUUCUUUCCAUGACAAGACACUGUUCCUGUUGAGCCUGGUGGGAAUUUAGUGUGAAUGUGCAAUUUUUUUUUCCUUGCUUCUUAUAAUGUCAUUGAUUUUAAAAAUAAACAAAACUGUGAUCUCCA